UUGACCAAAUAUGGACAUUAUUCCCUGGUUGCUAGGAUACUCGCUUCGCGCUUCGUACUUUUGUGCAAGUUGCUAGGCAACAAGUCUGACCUGACCUCACGUUCCUGUUAUUGAACACAGCCUGACAGGCUCGAGGAGUCGAUAUCGUGCGGUUGAGGAAAGAGAUCUCAAUCAGCUUUAUUUACAUAAAUGAGUCCGUUUAGGGGUUCAGCAUCGCCUAAAAUGUAAAUUGAUUCAGAAUGUCACGAAACAGCGAUGGUUUGCAUCAGAUCAAAGAAGCAAUUAAAGCGCAGAAUGUGUGUACAACGAAGCUAUUGGUCCGUGACAUUGGUCUUGCUGCCGAAGAAGGAAAGAAGGGAAAGGUUUGCGCAGGACUUCUCCAGACAGUCGCUGAGCACUGCUCGGACGAGGUUGGCUCAAAGCUGGUUCUGCUGCUGGUGACGUCUGCUGGAGCAGACGUUGCUGGCGGGGAUGGUGAGGCAGCACUGCAGAGUGCCGUCAGCAGGUGCCUGCCGCACACAGUGCAGGCUCUGCUGCAAUGUGGCGUGGAGCCACCAGAGGCCCUCUCAGAACAGUGUCCACUGGAGCUGGCCGAUCUGGUGGAGCUCUUCCGCCCCGGGCUGUGGACGGCAGUGGCCGAGGAGCGGCUGGGAGACGUGCGUCGUCUGCUGAACCUCUGGUGUCGCGUCGACCUCCGCCGUAACGGUCGCACGCUGCGCCAACUGGCACUCGAUACGGGAAAUGAGUCAAUUAUAUCGCUGAUACUCAACAUCGAGCCCACCAUGAAAUGCGCGUUUCUGGUCCUGGCGGGGGACGAGGACGGGCUGGCGGAACAUUUAGCGUCACCUGCCGGCAAGAAGGUGAACCCAAACUUCCGGAAGCAGUCGGAGCGCGGCGCUCCGCUGCUGUACUUUGCCGCGGCGUCGGGAAGCGCGGCGAACUGUCGACUGUUGGUGGAGAGAGGAGCUUCCGUGGGCGUGCAGAUGCGCGACACCGAGGGCGCGGACCUGCCGCUGAUUUUCGCCCUGCUCAACUCGUCUACCUCACCCGAGGUGAUCCGCUGUGUGCUGCCACCUGGUGUUUGCGAGGACGGCUGUGAUUCGCCGUCCGGCCGCCAGGGGCGCCAGCUGCUGCAGUCGGUGUGCUACCGCUGCCGCAAUGUUCUGACACACUCCGUGGAGGCUGACCUGGCGCCUGAGGUGAUCGCUACUCUUCUCCAGGCAGCUGGCCCGGAGCUGGUGUGUGAACGCGGCACGGACAACCUGUGCCUGGCUGAACGGCUGGUGGACCGUCCACCUCUACUCACGCUGCUCCGUGCCACCGUGCGCGCGUGGACCUGCGGUGGUGCGGCCCGCCACCACCUGGUGCCUCUGCUGGUCCGAGGGUGUGACUGGUUGGAGCCGCUGCUGGCCGGUGACGGGCGUCUAGUGGACGGACUUCGUUCGGACAGUGACAAGGCAGCUGGGGACGUGCAGGAUGGACCACAGAUGGCUGGGGCCGUGCAACAAGAACGACAGACAGCUGGCGAAGAGGUCAAUGAACGACUGGCUUCCACUGAAGAACCUGCAGCGUCUAUGGAUGAGCAGGAGCGCCGCCUGUCGUCCUUUCUCCAGGAGCGGCGCUCUGCGCAGGGGGUGGUGGAUGCGUUGUACCGCUGUCUGAAGGAGGACUGCCCGCAGGAGGAUUUUGACCGUCUGGCCGAGCAGCUGCCCAACGAGUGGCUCUGGCACGCCAGACCCACGGGCAGCGGCACCCCUCUGCUAGUGCUGGCCGCCCUGACGUCCCGUCCGGCGGCCGUGGCCCGACUCAGUCGCGGCCUCAGCUCUGUGGACCUGGUCAGGGACGGGUUCCGGCGCACAGCGCUGCACUACGCGUGCGGAACAGACUGUCAGCCGGUGCGGCGCGCGCUGCUCAGGGCCGGAGGGUCGGAGCAUACACUGGAUGUGCACGGCCGGGAGCCGCUCGACUUUACCGAUGUGGUCGGCUCGGAGCGACUGGCUGAGCUGCUGAGGAUGCGACGCGAUCAGGAGUACACCCGUGCGGAGCCGGAUCCGUGGGAGCCGGAGCACCGGCGCCAACUGCAGGACCAGCGGCGGCGCCAGCGAUUCCUCGACCCGGCGCUGAGACACGCCCACUCCAGCCACUCCCACUCAGGCCACGUCCACUUAGGCCACGUCCACGGCGGAGCGGCCUUCUUUCCGACGGCCGCUGGCUCUGACUUCCGCUGGCCCCUGCCCCCCGACUAUAGCCGGGCUAGUUUCGGUACGGCGGCGACAGGCGGCGCCACCGGCGAGCCCGAGCCGACCAGAUCCACCAGCUGUGUGCUGUCGUGAAGGACGGAGCUAGUGAGAAGCUGUGGUAGGGAAAUAGAACAUAGUUAGUCAUUUUAACAGCCAGGGAUGUUAAGUAGACCGAAGCUAGUCAGUUGAAAUCACACUUUGCUUACGUCGAACGUAGCUGUUCAAUGUUCAUAGAUCGGAAGCGUAUUGAAAAGGCGAAAUACUCCGAUAGAAGAUAGAUAUAUAAAACAUAGAAGCGCACAAAAUUAGCUAGAAGCGCACAAAACGGCUUCAGCACAGCAAACUAUAUUCAGAGUAUUCUGCACUUGUGCAGCGCACUUUUGUGGCGUGAAUUACGUGCUUUGUGCGUGGUGACGUGACUGUCCAAUGUGUCCAAUGUCCAUAAACGCGUUGGUGACGUUCAGGUCUACGUUGCGGUAGUCCGAAUUAUCCUACCUCUAAUCAGUACCCAACUGCCGAUAAAAUUAGUGUUAGACACUCUAUAUACAUAGCUGGGCGUCAAUGUCCUCAACUGUUUUGGUUUUUGUGCCCACGUGAUACGCAAUAUUUAUUACGUUUUUACAAUGUCGCACUUGAUUAGUGCCCGUAUUAAAGUUUUUUUUUAUCGUAAAAUGUAGGUGUUGAAAUGAGCUGGUUGCAAUACUAUUCAUUUAUGACACCUCUGUGUGUAACUAUUCUCUAUACAAUUGGACAGAUAUUAUCUCAUAAGGUUGCUAUGUACCAUUGCCUAAGUGCAAGCGUCUUGUGACGCGUCCGAGUCGUCUUAUCGCAGUGUAUAACAAUAAUUUGUUGAAUACUUACCUAGGUUUUCAUACAA